AAUUUAACGUAAAUCCAUCAUCUCUGAUCUCUCCAUUCUCUCGACUCUCCCCUCCGGUCUCCACCAUCCUCCUCGCCUCCUAUCUCUGUUGCCGCUCCCACCACUCCCCCAGUGCCCCCAACAGCAACCACCACCACCACCACCACCGCAGCAAACACACCUCGACGCCUGGCUGAAGCUGAACUGCUCGUGCCCGGUUUCCAGGAACUUGCCGCUGCCAACCCCGCUGUCCACGCCGCUCUCGGAGGUCGUUUCACUCUCGCAGUACGCCGCGGAUCGGAGGCGGAGGAGGUGAUAAGAUUUGUCAGAUUCUUUUGGGGCAUAUAUUUGUACUACUCUUGAUGGGUGCUCCUAAGCAGAAAUGGACACAAGAAGAGGAAGCAGCACUUAAAGCUGGAGUUAUUAAGCAUGGGGCUGGCAAAUGGCGCACAAUACUUAAAGAUCCAGAAUUUAGUGGUGUCCUGUAUCUGCGUUCCAACGUAGAUCUCAAGGACAAGUGGAGAAAUAUGAGUGUAAUGGCAAAUGGAUGGGGAUCCCGAGAGAAGGCUAGGCUAGCUGUUAAAAGGGUGCCACAGGUACCUAAACAGGAUGAGAACUCCAUGUCUCUCAGUUCUGUUGGUCCAAGUGACGAAGACAUUGUGGAUGCUAAGCCUCUUGCAGUUUCUAAUGAUAUGCUGCAGAUUGCCUCUUCAAAGAGAUCUAUUGUAAGGUUGGACAAUCUUGUAUUUGAGGCUAUUACCAGCUUGAAGGAGCCCAGCGGUUCUAAUAAGACAGCUAUUGCUACGUAUAUAGAGGAACAAUAUUGGUCACCUCCAGACUUUAAGAGGCUAUUAUCAGCAAAGCUAAAGUAUUUGACAGCAAAUGGGAGACUGAUUAAGGUUAAGCGCAAGUAUAGGAUCACACCUACUCCAGCAUUUUCUGACAGAAGAAGAAACUCUUCCAUGUUACUUUUGGAGGGGAGGCAGAGGGUUUUUCCAAAAGUUGAAAAGGAUGAUACCCAUAUGUUUACGAAAUCCCAGAUUGAUUUAGAGUUAGAAAAGAUGAGGACUAUGACUCCACAAGAGGCUGCUGCUGCUGCUGCUCAAGCAGUUGCUGAGGCAGAAGCUGCGAUAACAGAAGCUGAAGAUGCAGCAAGAGAGGCAGAGGAAGCAGAAGCUGAUGCAGAAGUGGCGCAAGCUUUUGCAGCAGCAGCAGUGAAAACUCUGAAAGGAAUAAGCAACCCGAAAAUGAUGAUCCGAGCUUGAUAUAACACAUUCACAAAUUGACUGAUAAGGAGCAACGAACCAGAGCUCUUACUGACCAGAAAAAGAAAAAAAGAAAAAAAAAAGGGGCGCUUUAUUUAUGUUAAAGAGCCAGCCAUAUGUUUGUCUUUUGCUUGUAAAUAUGGUAAGACCUUCCUCUGACAGGCAUAUGCUGGAUUUCCCUUGCAAGCAAAUCUUGUUCAACUGGUAGAUUCCGUUAACAGCUCCUUUUCUUUUAGAGUUCGGAGUUUGGAGAUUUGUCUUUCUGUUUUCUAAACGUUCUGGUUUGUGGCCAAUGUUGACCACCGCCUUUUGUUAACUUAGAAAACGCACCAAAAUGUAGAAACUAGUGUACAAAGAAAUAGAAAGAGGUGGACUAUCUGAUUGAGAUCAGUUCAUGUAGUCAAAACUUGCCAUGUUUUUUGAAUCUUUGAAGUAUGAGUAAAUGCACCGGUGACGGUUUUAGGGCCAUCUGAUUUGAAUUCCUUUAUUGAUGCUACUAGAUUAUCUAUUUCAUACUUGA